CGCCCGCGCCCGCGCCGGCUCCGAGAGGCAGUUCCCGCCCGAGACGGCUCUGUCCUCUCGUACGGCAGGGGCAAGCGCUGGAGAGAGAGACAAGGACCACAAGCAGGGCCGGUCUUCGUGCUGCAUGCUGCGGGCCUUCGACCCGACAGCUCCCACAACGCGGUCUCCCCGCGGGAUCCACACACCUGGCCUCCACUUCCGGCUCUUCCACUCGCGGCUUCACGGAGUGAGAUGACCUCGAUCUUGAGAAGCCCUCAGGCUCUCCAGCUCACUCUGGCCCUGAUCAAGCCUGAUGCGGUUGCUCACCCCCUGAUUCUGGAGGCUGUUCAUCAGCAGAUUCUGAGCAACAAGUUCCUUAUUGUACGAAUGAGAGAACUUCUGUGGAGAAAAGAAGAUUGCCAGAAGUUUUACCAAGAACACGAAGGUCGUUUUUUCUAUCAGCGGCUGGUGGAGUUCAUGGCCAGUGGGCCAAUCCGAGCCUACAUCCUUGCCCGCAAGGAUGCCAUCCAGCUUUGGAGGACACUGAUGGGACCCACCAGAGUGUUUCAAGCACGUCACGUGGCCCCAGAUUCAAUUCGUGGAAGUUUUGGCCUCACUGACACCCGCAACACAACCCAUGGCUCUGACUCUGUGGUUUCAGCCAGUAGAGAGAUCGCGGCCUUCUUCCCUGACUUCAGUGAACAGCGCUGGUAUGAGGAAGAGGAGCCGCAGCUGCGCUAUGGCCCUGUGCGCUAUAGUCCAGAGGGAGGCAUCCACUGCGCGGCCGGAGCAGGAGACCCGGGACCAGCCUGCCGCAGGCCUGUGGGUCUGUGAAGACUGGUGGAAUUGCCCAGCCUUCUCGGAGACCUCGUAGGACCGGGGAGGCCUGGGGAUCGUGGCGCCAUCUCUGCCGGGCACCACGCCUACCUGAGGAUCUAGCUCCUCACUGCCACCUCCUCUAGAAUCUAGCUAUCUACCUCUUUUCCAGAACGUUCAUGGGUGGUUCAGAGGAAUAAUGGCUCCUCUUUUUUCCUGAGAACUAGUCAUCUUUUUCAAAGAAGAGUUUGCCUAAUCGACUUGCCUGAAAAAUGCAGUGACUCUAUAUAAGCAACAUUUGGCCUACCUUCUUCAAUAAAAGUCAGUCUACUGAAUCCUCAAGGCUAGGAGCCCUACUCUAGGUGUUUUCUCUCUCUCCUUCCAUGGAGUAAUUAAACCUUUCCUGAAGCCAAGUUUCCAGUCUGCGCUAAAUGGAGAGAAUUGUGUAGAAAUCCCCCAGGAGGUUCACACACAGUGUGCAGCUUGUCUAGUGCAUAAAGGCACCCAGCACUGAGUGUGGGCACGUGGUAUAGGGCUGCAUCCUGGGGGAAGGAGCACCUUUUAUUUGAAUAAAGAUGUGUCUUCUAGCAGA